AUGGCACUUAACGAAAAUAAAUGUCCAAGUGCUCUGAAGAAAGCAAACGUAAAGUCUCUCAUGGUAAAACAAUAUGGAGACGAAUGGGAGAAAGAUAGAACAUUUCCUUGGUACGAAAAAUUAUUGAGUGAAAAUUUCACUGAACCUGUUGAUACAGAAGCAGAUGUUCCUGACAAUCAUGAUUAUGAUUCUAAUCGCGAUUGUCUGGAACCAGAAAUAGCCAUAAUAGUUGAAGUUUUUCCCUUAAUAGAAGUUUGCAAUCCGUACACGGGCAAGGCAGAACGUGUUAGAGCAUUAUUAGACUCAGGUAAUAAUAAUUCUGAAAUUGACAAUUUAUUAACUAAAUUUUGGCAACUUGAAGAGGUUCCUACUAAAACCGUUUUAAGUGAAUCCGAAAAGACUUGCGAAGAACAUUUUCUAAAUAAUACCUUUCGCACUAACACAGAAACGAUUUCUUUACUUAGAAAAAGAUUUCGGAAAAAUUAUCUUUUGAAAUCACAAUAUAUAGAUUUUAUAAAUGAAUAUGCCGAUUUAGGUCAUCUAUCAGAAUCUGUUAUUUCAAAUCCGGAAAACUCAUAUUUCUUAUGUCAUCAUGCUGUUUAUAAAGAAAGUAGUGAAUCAACCAAGUUGCGAGUUGUGUUUGAUGGCUCUGCUGCAACAUCAUCAGGCUUUUCUCUAAACAACCUUUUAUUGGUGGGGCCAAACCUACAGGAUUCUCUUUUCUCCAUUUUAAUUCGUGCAAGACAACAUAAAUAUCUGUUAACUGGUGACAUAGAAAAGAUGUAUCGACAAAUACUUGUUAAAGAUACUGAUCGCGAUUUGCAGCUUAUAUUAUGGAGAAAAGACGAGUCAUUACCCCUCAAAACCUUACGUUUAAAUACCGUGACUUACGGAACGUCAAGCGCGAGUUAUUUGAGCACGAGAUGCCUAUGGCAGAUUGGUGAUGAAUGUGAGAAUAGUCUAAUAAAAAAUAUUAUACAGAAGGAUUUUUAUGUGGAUGACUUAAUAACAGGUGCUGAUGAAGAAAAUCAAUUACGUUUUAUUAAGGAUUCAGUAAUUAAAGCGUUACAUACAGGUUGUUUUAAUCUACGGAAAUUUAAGUCAAAUUUGCCAAAUUUUCAAAAUGAUGGUACGGAUAAACAAGAUAAUUUAACUUUCAGUGAAUCAUCGAACACACUCGGACUUGGUUGGAAUCCAAACAAUGACAAUUUGCAUUUCCCUACAAUAUUAGUUUCAAAAUCUGAAUUAAUAACUAAACGCAGUAUUAUGUCAAAUUCAUUCAAAAUAUUUGAUCCUUUAGGACUACUCAGUCCAUAUAUUAUUUUAGUUAAAAUAAUAUUACAAAUGUUAUGGAAGGCCAAAGUUGAUUGGGAUGAGCCUGUCCCUAAUGAUAUUAAAAUGAAAUGGGAAAAUUUUAACGACAACCUAUUAUAUUUGUCUAAAAUGCAGAUUCCAAGACGCACUAUAUGUGAUUCUCCCAAGAUUAUAGAAUUUCAUUCUUUUAGUGACGCUUCUGAAGUCGCAUUUGGUGCUUGUAUUUACAUACGCUCUGUAGACCAAAAUCAUAAAUUUAAUAUAAGGCUUUUGUGUGCUAAAUCGAAAGUUGCACGUUUGCAACCUAUGACCAUACCACGUUUGGAGCUUUGUGCAGCUCUUCUAUCAGCAAGUUUAAUAUCAGCAAGUCUAAUAGCGUCCUCAAGUCUAUAAGGUAUAACCCAGCUCGUGUUUAUCAUUGGUGUGAUUCCAAGGUGGUUCUGGGUUGGAUCAAUGGCAAUCCUAGUAAAUUAAAAACAUUUGUGGCAAAUAGAGUUGUCGAGAUCAAAGAGACCACAAAUAUCUCAUCAUGGCGUUAUGUUCCUACUAAAUGCAAUCCAGCUGAUCUUAUUUCAAGAGGCGUUGAAGCUAUAAAUUUAGUGAACAACGAUCUAUGGUGGUCCGGACCAACUUUUCUUAAUCAAUUAGAAUCCGAAUGGCCAAUUACUAAUUUUAAUUACAGACUUGCCUGAAAUAAAAUCUU